AUGGCGGAACGAAUAACUCCAGAAGAUCAAGCAAGGGUCUUGGAAGCUGAAAGCAGUUCCGUGGAAUGUGUACGAGAGACAUGUUUCAUGCUGAGAGAGUAUUUGAAGCUGAAGAUCUUUAUGUUUGCUGCUGCAUGUCUACAGCCAAACAGAUACUUUAAUGGUGACGAUCUUUAUUUAGGUAGUAUAUAUUUCUCAAGUUCAGAUGGAAAUCUCCAAUUCGGAUCUUUGGACGUUUAUGAAAUACAGACAGGAGGCGGCAAAGUAAUACUUCCGGGAGUGUCGUUUCACAGGGACCUUUCGCCACAGUCAAUUUCUAUCAGACAAUUUGGACCAACUAGUUUCCAUCCUUUUCCAAACCGAACAGACUAUAUAAAUAUCCACCAAUUUCAAACCACCUUUCAAGAAGUAUUUCGGCGUGAGUACCUGAACUCCGAAGUCGAUCGAGACGUUACUAGUAAUGAUGCACGAUUUAACGUUGUAGGAUCGACUUCAAUGGACCGCAGAACGUACAAUGAUGCAAGAUAUCGGAGAAUGACCAUGUGUGAAUUGUCAGCUGUCGUACAAUCACGACUCAAUCCGUGCUCUCCUGACAUGAAAGAUAUCGAACAGCGCCUGAGAUCAUUCAUUGGAUUGGGACUGAAUGCAGAACUGAGUGCUGACCAAGCUAGAGCGGGUUUCUUUGCCACAGGACACGGCGAUCAGGCGGAAUGCUAUCAUUGUGGCCUCCGUCUGUACGUUUGGGACGAGACUCCUAUUGUGAUGCACGUGAGAUGGGCCCCUAGAUGCAGAUAUCUUCGUGAUAACUACUCACCUGAUUUUAUCAAUGACAUACUCUUCAAUCGAAAAUAG